AUGAUCAGCGAUUAUUUAUUGAGAAUAUUUGAAUCAAUGUCACAUUCUGAUGAUUUAACAAACGCUACUGAACAACAAAUCAACGAAACUAUUGAAAUUGACAAACAACAAAGGAAUGGAAGAACCGCUACUGCAAACCAUGUGUCUGAAAAUGAGUCAAACGAUACAACACAACUAUAUAAUGUACCAAUCUCAUUAACAAAUACUUUGACACUUAUCAACAAUCCACACGGUGAUAAUGAAGAGGUCAUAAUACAAGUCGAACCAAAUAAUAAUGAAAACGAAAAACGUAGUAAUACCGCUAAUGGAAAUGAUCAAAAUGAAUCACGUAUUAUUCAGAAUAACCCUGUUGAACAAGAAAAUGGUGAUAGACUUGAUAAUACUUCUCGUGAAUCAUCUAUUUGCACAAAUAUUUCCGAUAGCGGCGCAAUGGAAAGCAAAAAAUUGUUGAAAUUAAAUCACGAUGAAGACAAACAAGAUGAGAAAAAUGGGAAGAAUGAUCGAAAGAAUGAGAGGCAAAAAAGUUUGCAAUUACCAAGUGGUAUUGUUGUUAAACGGAAACGACCGUCAGUAGAUCCGAUAACUACAGAUAAUUCUACCAUUAAACGUUCUUGUACAUCUGUCGAAUCAAAAACACUUGACCAUGAAUCAUCAUCGGAGAGUUCCAAACGCAAAUCGGGUAUUCAAGUUGAUUCGGAAACGGAGAAUCAAUACCCAAUCACGUCAUCAUCAACAGAAUUAAAAAUCUCUCCAACAUCCUCUUUACAAGCGACAACGACAGUAGAACGUAGUGAAAACAAUUUUAAAAAACUGGCUAUAUCAUUUGAAGAUGAUACAGAUACUACUAAAGAAACUAACAAAGAUGAUGAAAUGAAACGUCGACAUCGGACGAAUGAUAAUUCUAAUUCAGGAUUGAUGCUAUCUUAUGAUAUGGAAAAAAAUAUUGAAUCGUUAGUUUGUAUGGGUUUUGAAGAUCGUACGAUGGUUAAAUGUGCAUUAGAAGAUGGCAAUAAUGAUCUUGAAGAAGCUCUUAAAAUAUUGACUUUUAUUAUGAGUGAUAAUGAACAAGAGUUACAUCGUGAAAGACAAGAUCAAGAAUUGAUGAAAGAGGCAUCGUCAACUUUUAAUCAUCGAAAUAUAAUUGCAUCCGCUGGAUCAGAACAACAGUCAUGUGAACCGUCAUCAUCGAAUACUCUUGGCACGUCUGUGAAUGUUAAAAAAAUACAAUUAUGCGUUAUGACUUUAUCCAUUGAAAACGAACUAGAAAUACUGUAUUGCUUAAGCAAUAACAAAGAGUAUCUGUUAUCUCAAGAGUCAUUCUAUGAAUCACUCUGGCUCUUAUUACAUCGUUAUGAUGCAUAUAAAACGUAUACAUGUGGUGAAAUGAUUGAGUAUCUUAAAACAUUGUAUGAUGAAUCUGUAUUUGGUAUUACAAAUGACAGAUCAACGAUAAAAGAGAAACAAACGUCAUCGUCAUUAGCAACAACAACAACAAACACUGAUCUUCUUUCGACAAUCGGAAAAGGUCCAAAAAAGACGUUCGUUGAAUCAGCUUCAAAAACUGAAACAACGGUCAGUGCAAAUAUUAUUAUAGUCCAUUCAGCAUUUCCUUUGCAUUUCUGUCUAUGUUUCAGAAACGACGAACACAAACUUCAAAAAAAUAUUAAUUGA